AUGGCAUCCAACACCCAGACAACGCCCAGUCAUGCUGCCCCUAAUACUUCGGCCUCAAUCGCCGCCAGAGGCAACGAAAUCACCGGCCUCGACAUCUUCCGCCCCACAACCGAAGUCAUCACAAAUGAACGAGUGAUGGAGCUCAUGUCCCAGAUGCACGCCGACAUCCCCUCAAGUGGCGAAGACAACCCCUAUGGAACAUAUCUGGAUUCAAUUGGCUCGAAGAAGAUAGAGCACUUCUUAAGAGCAGGAUACGCAUUUGAAAGCGCGAACUACACCCUCGUACCUCACGUGAGCGUGCAAGAGCAGGUCCAAGAAGUCGCGAAUGCUGUAUCCUACCUUUUCCAGCACGCAGAGAAUCUGGGCUUUGACGCCGACCGUAUCGUCCUGAUGGGUCAUAGUUCCGGAGCUCACGUCGCUGCUCUACUAGGCACCGACACUACGUACUUAGCCAAAGCAGGCGUGGAAAUAGACAAGAUAAAAGGCGUUAUUACCCUGGACGCCUCGAACUUCAAUUGCGCAGCCGAGAUCCUUGACUCCCCUGGUCCUGUGGCGGAUAACAUGCUCGCUGGACUAGGCUCAGAUCUUGCCCAUCUAAGAGACAUGAGUCCUACCUACCAUGCUCAAGCGCCUAAUGCGAGAGGGUUUCUUCUGCUCCAAGUGCAACGGCAGGGAGAUAUUAGGCAGGCGGUGGAGUUUGAAGCUGCGUUGUUGGCGGCGGGGACGGAGGUUGAGAUGAGGGUUGUUGAGGGCGAGUCUUUCGAAGGACAUAUCGCCAUGCUCUUGCGACUAGGCGACGAUAAAUAUGCUGCGACAGCGGUAGUAGAUGAGUGGCUAGCGAAACACGUGCUUAUAGAAUGA